UUACAAACACUUGUGCGCAGCCACAGACUGCACGAAGCCGACUCGAAGCAAACGGGUUAGCCUUGGCGUUCAAGCUAGUGAGAUGGUGGUGGCCAGCGAGGAGCCGUUCCCGGCGGUGCACAAGUGCAACGCGUCGCACCGCAGUGACCACACGGUGGUGUCGGGCCUGAACGGCACGCUGCUCCGGUCGCGGAGCGCCUUCCCCUACUACGCGCUCGUCGCCUUCGAUACCGGCGGCGUGCCACGCCUGGCGCUCCUCCUGCUCCUCGCGCCGCUCGCCGCGGCGCUGUACUACGCGGUGUCGGAGGCGGCCGGCGUGCAGGUACUGGUGUUCGCGGCCACUGCGGGCGCGCGCGUGGCGGACAUCGAAUCCGCGGCGCGCGCCGUUCUGCCCAAGUUCUACGCGGCCGAUGUGCACCCGGAAGCGUGGCGCGUGUUCGCCGCCUGCGGCCGGAGGUGGGUGGUGACGGCGACGCCGAGGGUGAUGGCGGAGCCGUUCCUGCGGGACCAUCUCGGCGCGGACGCCAUAGUCGGCACGGAGCUCGCGACGUGGCACGGGCGCGCGACGGGGCUUGUGGACGUACGUCGGGGCGUGCUCGUCGGCGAGAGGAAGGUGGAGGCGCUGAGGGAGAUGAUCGGCGAAGGUAACGUGCCGAAUGUCGGGCUCGGCGACCGGAGGUCUGACUACGCCUUCAUGAGACUCUGCAAGGAGGCGUACCUAGUGCCUGGAACGGCGGUGGACGCCGUGGGUGCGGACAAGCUGCCGAAGCCGGUAGUCUUCCACGACGGGCGACUCGUCCAGCGCCCGACCCCGCUCGCCGCGCUGAUCGCCGUGGCGUGGUUCCCCGUCGGCUUCCUCCUCUCCGUCGUCCGCGUCGCCGCGGGGUCGCUCGUCCCGAUGCCGUGGCAGUACCAAGUGUACCGCGCCCUGGGCGUGCGCAUCACCAUGCGCGGCGCGCCCCCGCCGCGCCCGGUGCUGGCCUCGGGCCGCACGGGCGCGCUCUACGCCUGCUCCCACCGCACGCUCGUGGACCCGGUGUUCCUCUCCGUGGCGCUGCGCCGCCCCGUGUCCGUCGUCACCUACUCGCUCUCCCGCCUCUCCGAGAUCCUCUCGCCCAUCCGCACCGUCCGGCUGACCCGCGACCGCGCCACCGACGCCGCCGCCAUCAAGCGCCUGCUCGCCGGGGGCGACGUCGCCGUGUGCCCCGAGGGCACCACGUGCCGGGAGCCCUUCCUGCUGCGGUUCUCGGCGCUCUUCGCGGAGCUCACCGACGACAUCGUGCCCGUGGCGACGGAGUGCCGGACGAGCAUGUUCCACGGCAACACGGCGAGGGGGUGGAAGGCGAUGGACCCCUUCUUCUUCUUCAUGAACCCGAGCCCGCAGUACACCGUCACGUUCCUCGACAAGCUGCCGGCCGAGCACACCUGCGGCGGCGGCGGGAAGUCCAGCCACGAGGUGGCCAACCACGUGCAGAGGCUCAUCGCCUCCGCGCUCUCCUACGAGUGCACCGGCUUCACCAGGAAGGACAAGUACAGGGCCCUCGCCGGCAACGACGGCGUCGUCGCCGCGCCAAACAAGGGCACGUGAAUGAAGAAAUCUGGCAAUGAUCUGUCGAUCGAACAGUACACAGAUAUGGAGAUGUACGUAUGUGCAGAUCGCGUAUAAUUGUAAGGUACACAAAAUUUAAGAAGAUCAAAUUAAUCACUGAACAAAUGUUUUAUUUGGAUGAUUA